CAUCUACACGGUAGUAGAACCAGUAAUCAUGUCGAAGAGGUGGGAUAAGAAUGCGACUACUUUCAGGGUGGUCUAUAGAGGCCACGAUGAUCCACGGUAUCACGACUCGGAGGCAUCUGAACAUGUGCUUGUGCCCGUUGAGAACCCGAAUAACAGGAAGGUGAAGAACAAGAGCACACUGGAGAAGGAGCUAGGGGAGCAGAUGCAUGAGAUCAGAAACAACGAAGGUGAGGCUGCGCUGUAUGGUAUCACCUUUGAUGAUUCCAAGUAUGAUUACAUGCAGCAUUUGAAGCCCAUGGGUCAAGGUGACGGUGUGUUCAUCCCGAGUAAAACUGUGAAGGAGAAGAGCAAGAAGAAAGAUAUCCUGUUCAAAGAAGACUUGAAAGAUGUUUUACCGCCUGAAAAGACUGUGCAAUUGACAUACCAAGAUCAACAAGCCAUCCCGGACGAUAUUGCUGGAUUUCAGCCAGAUAUGAAUCCAGCUUUGAGAGAAGUGCUGGAGGCACUGGAGGACGAGGCAUAUGUCGAUGACGAUGAUAACAUCUUUGACAAUUUAUUGAAGGAUGGUGAGUUAGUGGAUGAGGAUGAAUUCGAGGACCAAAUCGAUGAAUGGGAUCUCGAUAACUAUGAAGAUGAAUUUGCUCAAUACGACGAUAGCCAUUACCAGAGAGAAGGAGAUGAAGGCUGGGAGGCAGAUUUUAGAAAAUUCAAAGCUACAAACAAGAAGAAGGCCAAUGACUGGGACUCUGAUGAUGAGUUUGAAGAAGAGGAGGAAGAUAAUGACGUGGUUCCUGAACUUCCGUCAUUGGAAGGCAGUAAAGCAGCAUCGUCUACGCAAAAGUCCAAAAAGGGGGCCAAACAGAAAGCUCGUAGAAAAAUGGGUGCUAUGACGGAUCUUUCAAGUUUCUCUCUCUCAAGCUCCUCCGUCUAUAGAACUGAAGGCUUGAGACUUCUCGAUGAUAAGUUUGAAGUAAUGAGGGAGAAAUACGAAAACAAUAGAAAGGAACAAGAAGAGGAAGACGAUAACAAGAAACCUUUCGAUAUGAGUACCGAAAGAGCAGAUUUGGAGGAUCUUUUGGAUGACUUCCUUGAUAACUAUGAAAUUGAAGGUGGUAGAAGAUUGGUUAAGAAGAACCCAGAACUCGAUAAAUUGAAGAAGGCAGCUGAUAGUGUUUCAAGGGGUAAGCUUGCCCAAAAGAGAAAGAAACAGUCUGGAUUGAAAGGCCUGGAGAGCAGCCUAAGCAAUAUGAAGAUCUAGGAAUUGCAGCACCGGUGUUAUGAGGUUAAUGAUACACAGUUUGUCUAUACAUGCAUGUACGGAUAUUGAAUU